UUAAGACUAUAUAUCAAAAUUACCAAAUUGUUGGCAUCAAUGUGCUCUAGUGAUGUUGUUAAACAAAACACUCUUCUUUUUUUUCUUGUUGAUAACCACUGGCUGUUUCGGGGACACUUCGAAAUUCGGGAGUGCGCACCCCCAAUACCCUCUCCCUGGAUUCGCGCCAAAAAUAUUAAUAACAGCUAAAUCCUCGACAUAUAUUAGUAUUACUACAUGUAAGAGAUAUUUAUGAAUGUAAUACAUAACAUUCUUACGUUUAAUCUUUAAUGUAUUAAAUUCAGGACAGUUUAACAAUGUAUCAAAUCUUCGACAAUAGCAGGGGGCAUAACUCUUAAUUUUCGAAUAGCAAAAAAAAAAAAAAAAAAAAUGUCAUAUGAAAAAUAUAAUAACUGGUCCCCGGCAUUCAUUCUAGUUGUGCGCCAUCUUUCGUGAAAAAGCCCAGACAAACACUGCAAUGUUUGGUUUUCAAGAAAUUGUUCAAACAGUACUGGCAGAUCUUCCCAGAUCUUGCUGUCCAAAACAAUGAGCGAUGCUGACAUCAUGGCUAAAUCAUACGCAAAAGAAGCGGAGGAGGCAAUGGAGGAAAAUACACAAGAAGACGAGGGAAAGAUUGAGCCCAUGGAAGAUCCACCACCAGUGGUCAAUAAUGACGAACCACUAUCGCUGACCACGCGGUUUGGCCGUAAAACCACUCCCACAAGUCUGGUAACUGGAUCGAUCCUGAGCAGUUUCCGGUACGGUCACAACAGCAAGCUGGCAUGUCGCUUCUGUGGCAAGACCUUCUCACAGGCCGGCUACAUCAAGGCCCACGAGAGACUGCACACUGGGGAGAAACCUUUUGCCUGUUCCAUCUGCGGCAAACGCUUUUCCGACCCGAGCAACUGGAAGAAACACGAACGAGUCCACAAUAACCAGAGCAGCCGCAGCAGUCCUGCGCCUAGCCCACCGAAACCAACCCCACCGCCGACACCAAACAACCUGAGUUCGCAGAGCAUUGCCGACGCUCUGAACAUCACGCCCAGCAUGUCUGUGAUGUCGAAGAUGUCCGAGGACGAGGAGAGGAAGGAGAAGGAAAGGAGUCUGGUGAUUCGAGCAGCAAGCUCUUUAAUCACGUCGUCAAUACAACAGCGGAUGCGUCAAGCCGAUGGGUCGUCGCCGGUUAUCUGUAAGAUCUGUGGCAAACUGUUCUCCAGCCAGAGUUCGCUGUCCACACACAAGAGGAUCCACACGGGCGAACGGCCGUACUCAUGUCGGUCGUGCGGCAAGAGUUUCACGCAGAUAGGCACGCUGCGGACCCACGAGCGCAUCCACACCGGCGAGAAACCGUACAUCUGUAAAGUGUGCGGACGCACGUUUGCGCAGAGCGGCAGUUACAGGAUGCACGAACGCCGCCACAUGACGGAUGCCAUCCAGCGCUGUCACAUCUGCUACGCAACCUUCACUAAGUGGCAGGAUCUGCAACAACACAUGGCGUCGCACCCUCACGUGACUGAGUCAGUCAACGAUUAUGCAAAUUUCUCGCGGUUGGAUAUGAUGAAUCAGAAGAGUGACCCCAAAGACGAGAUUCACUCGAACCAGACGCACGACGGCGUCCUCAUUGACGACCUGCCCUACCACUCGCAGGCGCAGUCGCUCUACCAGAGUGCGUGCCAGUUGCCUCCCUUUUCUUCCAUCAUCCCUUUCAGGGCUCCUGUAGGGACGACAUUUUCGCCAAGCUUCCCACCGCCUAUCGGAAUGUACAACUCUGCUGCUGGUCUGACCCUCGCCGAAUCCUCUGAGCUCGGUCUUCUACGCCCUCACUACUUCCCGAGCAUGUCGUUAGCCACCCAACUGAAGUUGCCGGAACCGUCCCCGGCUCAGGAGAACGAAGUUGUGAGCACCACUAGUCAAAGCCAGGUGCGGAAAGACGGGUCAGACUCCUCCCCUCUGGUAUCUACCCCCGACGCUAAUGACACUAGUCCGAAGAAUGACUUCGAAACGGAGCUGGAUCUGUCUCGGCACCAUGCCCGUCCGACGAGCGAGUCCAGCGAUACAGGGUCACAGUCGCCAGAAGGCAUUGAAAACAACGGAGUAGAUGCCCAGCAGUUGUCGAUCGAACGCCAGAACCUCAACACGAGGAUGAUUCCCUCAUCCAGCAAUGGGCGCAAGCAGCGUCAUCCGAUGCGGCGUUGCAGCAGCAGUACCAGCAGCGAGCAAGAGCUUCCACAGUCGACAUCUUCGCUGCUGUGCAACGGUGCUACGGAUAUCGAGAGUCCGAAGGACGAGGACCAGGCCCUGGUGUCCUACCUGUUGUGGAAGGGCAAGGUUUACAAGUGUGAGCACUGCCACAUGAUCUUCGAGGACUGCACUCUGUACCUGCUUCACAAUGGAUUCCACUCACACGACUCCGACCCGUUCAAGUGCGUCAUCUGCAAGGUGUCCUGCAAGGACCGAAUAGACUUUAACUGCCAUCUCACCAGUCAUAUCAAAUGAGGAGGUGGUUACCACUGAUAACAUUUCUUGAGUACCAAACCUGUAUUUUUUUUUUUUUUUUGGUGGUCACAAUUUGUGUUAUAAGUGCCAGUAUUGCUGGACAGAAAUGGUCUUUGGAUUGGUGUGAAGUGAAGUGAAGUGAAGUGAAGUGAAGUGAAGAAAAUGUCAUUGCUGUUAAAAUUUCUUGAAUACCAAACCUGUAUUUGUUUUUUUACAAUUUUUAGAAUGCAAACUGAUGUCUUUUGAAGUGCCAGUAUUGCUAGACAGAAAGAGUCCUUGGAUUGGUUUGAAGUGAAGUGAAGUGAAGAAAACAUAAUUUCUUUUGCUAAUAUCUUCUGAAUUGCCAGAAAUAGAUCUUGGAAUUGUUUGGUAUUUGCUGAAGUGAACAAGUGAAAUGAAAUGAAGAAUAAAUCAUUGCUGUUGAAAUUUCUUGAAUAUCAAACCUUUAGAUUUGUCACAAAGUGCAAGCUUUCGCUGAUGUCUUCUGAAUUGUUGGUUUUUCUUGGACAGAAAUGGUUCUUGGAAUGGUUUUACAUCUACUAAAGGGAAGAAGUGAAGUGAAAAAAAAGGACAUUGCUCUUGAACUUUAUUGAAUAUCAAACCUGUAGAUUUGUCAGAAGUGCCAGCUUUUCUUGAUGUCUUCUGAAUUGUCGGUUUUUCCUGGACGGAGGUUGUUCUGGGAAUGGUUUGCAUCGGCUGAAGUUUAGUCAGUCAUUGCUGUUGAAAUUUCUUGAGUACCGGGUACCAAAACCUAUAGAUUUGUCACAAGUACAAGCUUUUGCUGAUGUCUUCUGAAUUGUUGGUUUUUCCUGGACAGAAAUGGUUCUUGGAAUGGUAUUACAUCUGCUGAAGGGAAGAGGUGAAGUGAAAAAAAAAAAAAAAAAAAAAAAAAAGUGAAGUGAAUUGAGUGAAGGAAACAUCAUUUCUGUUGAAAUUUUUGGAAUACCAAACCUACAGAUUUGUCACAAGUGCAAGCUUUUGCUGAUGUCUUUUGAAUUGACAGUAUUGCAGGACAGGAGUGGAGUUUGGAAUUGGGUUUUUUGUCUGCUGAAAUCAGCUGGAAAGUAGAAUCUGGUCAUAUUUGGCGGUCUCAAGUUGGCCCAUAGUCUUGUGGGUGUGCGUGCCUAAAAUUACUGGGAAUAACGACAAGAACCAGACGGAACAAACCACAUUAUUGGUCCACCUUUUUAUUUUGUCUUAAAAACCAAUUGUUUUUUAUAAGAUAUGUUUAGAAAUCUGGUGUUGGGCAGGCCCAUAGUCAAGUAGGUGCAGGGCUAAACUGUAUUUAAAAGAUGAAUGACCCAUAUUGGUGCCCUUAUUGUGGUUGAGGAUGGAUGCCUUGAACCUUUAGCUGAUGUAUUCAUGAAACACUGCUAGGUAUACAGAACAACAAAAGAACUGCAAAUAUUAAUGUAGUUUUCGUUAAAGGGACAUAACCUAGUUUUUAAACACUAAGGCAUAUUUUUGACAAUUAAAGCUGUAUUUGACAACUGAAAUCAUACAUUACUUAGAUUUCAUUGUUUAGAUUAUCCAUUUCUGUACAUUCGAUGUGUUUUUGGUCAUCCUGGUGUUUUUAAUAUCACAAAAUGCAUUUUUCAUAUUUUUAGAAAUGCAUGUGAGUCUGAAUAGUAAAAGUUAUGGUGUCGAGUUUUAGUCUAUUUUUAGA